AUGGUUUCUACGUCGUCUGUGGCCGGUAUCGUUUCGGGCCGUAAUCCUUUGGAGUACGUAUCUUCGUCUCCAUACACGCUAUUCUUGUUCCAGGCAGUGUUCAUCUUGUUCCUAUGCCAGGUGCUCCAUUGGCCUUUGAGGAAGCUACAACAACCUAAGGUUAUUGCUGAGGUUGUGGCUGGUAUCUUGCUAGGGCCCACGGUGUUGGGCCGGAUUCCAAAUUUCACAGAAACCGUGUUCCCAGAGGAGCUGAUUCCAGGCAUGACUUUGAUCGCCAAUGUUGGUAUUAUCAUGUUCUUGUUCAUUGUGGGCUUGGAAGUUGACCUCCACUAUAUUAAGAAGAACCUUAAGGUUGCUGUGUCGGUGGGUUUAAUCAACAUGGCCAUUCCGUUUGGCUUGGGCUGUGCCAUCUCGGUUGGCUUGUAUAACGAGUACAGAACUGACCCAGGAAUGGAGUCCAUUGAGUUUACCACAUAUAUGGUUUUCGUGGCAGUGGCCUUGUGUAUCACUGCUUUCCCCGUGUUGGCUCGUAUUCUUGUUGAAUUGAACUUGAUUGGCGAUAGAGUCGGUACGAUUGUCUUGGCUGCCGGUAUCAUGAACGACUUGACAGGCUGGAUCUUGCUUGCGUUGGUGGUCACCUUGAGUAACGCCGAUAACGGAAUCAAUACCCUUUAUAUUUUGCUUUUGACCCUUGCUUGGUUCCUUCUUUUGGCUUUCCCUGUUCGUUUAGCCCUUAGAUGGUACUUGAAGAGAUUCACCAACGAGUUGGCUACAGGCGAGCCUUCCCAGUUGCUGAUGGUCAUUAUCAUCGCAAUGGUUUUUAUUUCUGCUUUCUACACUGAUAUAAUUGGUGUUCAUCCGAUUUUCGGUGCGUUCAUGGUGGGUGUUUUAGUGCCUCGAGACAACGGUUAUGUGAUUAAAAUUACUGAAAAACUAGAGGAUAUGGUGCACAUUGUCAUGAUCCCUAUUUAUUUUGCCUUGGCUGGUUUGAAUGUGAACUUGGGUGAUUUGGAUAGAGGUAUUGACUGGGCCUAUGUUGUUGGUGUCAUCUCCUUGGCUAUGAUUGGUAAAGUCGCUGGAGGUCUUAUUGCCGCCAAGAUGAAUGGUCUUUUCUGGAGAGAGUCGCUUACGGUCGGUGUGUUGAUGUCAUGUAAGGGUAUUGUGGAGAUUGUCGUGUUGAAUGUUGGUUUGAAUGCCAACAUUAUCUCUAGAAGAGUCUACUCCAUGUUCAUCGUCAUGACUUUGGUGACAACGUUCUUGACCACUCCAUUGACCUUGUUGUCUUACCCAGUGAGCUACAGAGAGCUGGUUGCCCGUCACAGAGGUGCUAUCAAGAAGGAUACUGACACUGAAGGCGAAUUAUUGGGCUCUCCAUCUGAAUUGUCAAUCAAGAACUUAUACCGUUUCAAGAUCACAGAUAUCCUUCUUUUGCUUAGAAAGAUUGACACUUUGCCACACGUUCUUGCCCUUUUGAAGGACUUGACUUAUGAUGAUUUCGACUAUGACGUUAAAGCUAUCCACUUGCGUGCCUUCUCUUCCAGAACAUCGCAUUUGCUUGAGGCUUCUUCUGCUGCACCAGAGACAUUUGAAUCUUCUCCAACGGAUUUGACCAACUCGCAGUCGAUUCUUUCCAUCGUGAAAGCUUUCAGCAGUAUGUUGGAUGUCCACUUCUCGUCAAAGUCUAUCUUGGCUUCCCAGAGAAACUACGCCACGGCCAUCAACGACCACAUUACUGGGCCUGCAAACUUGUUACUCACUUCUUACACCGUAAAGAGUAUCCUUGACUUGACCGAAGAAGAGAAUGAUUUCGACAUGUCUUACCGCUACAUCUUGGAAAACUGUGAGUGCCAUAUGGCUAUCUUACUUACCACUGAGCCUACUAGAACCGACCGUGAGUCGACUGUUAGAAUGGUCUUAGAGCACGACAACUUCAUGAGCUCUACUGACUUGCUCAGCUUGUACUUGGUAGCUCAAUUGGCCAAGGUACACCGUAAUGUACACAUCUACGUCAGAUCCAAUAUGACUGGUACUAAGGACUUGGAGGAGCAGUUCGAUGAAUAUGUGAAGUCUAGCGGUCCUGACGUCAGUCUCAGUGUUUCUCACUUCAGAGAGUUCUCUGAUAUCUCGGGCGAAGUGAAGCACGACCCUGCAUUGGCUGGCGACGUCUUCGUUGUCUCCCACGAAUACUUGGAAUCUGAGGUUAGAGAUGAACUUUUGAGAUUCACUAUGCGCGAGGAGGUUGAGUUGCUCGCUGUGAAGGCUGCAACUUCGGGUUAA